GCACGCUGAGUCCCUGCAGCUACACAGUCAGUCAGACAGACAGUCAGUCAGACAGACAGACAGACAGACAGACAGACUUUUGGUUUCUGUCUUAAACUUUUAGUUGUAGUAAUCUGCUGCACAGUCUGGUGAGCUCCUAUUCACACGUUUAUCUGAAUUGUAACCUGAGCACCUUUGGGAGCAACCGGCUCCAUCAACAACAACCACAGAGCUCCGCGCGGAGGAAUGCACUUUAUCUGCGAAAGAAAAACACGCCAAAGAGAAAAGGACCACCGCGUUGAGUCAGGAUGGAGGGCUCAAACGUUGCCCGUCUCUUGUCGACCCGCUGGCCGCCUGUCGGGGCACUUUCCCCGGGUGAGAAUCCUCCCCCAGGGAAAGCUCCGACCCAGGUGACCGUGAGAAGACAAGCCGUGAAGAGACACCACCACAAACACAACCUGAGGCACAGGUACGAGUUUCUGGAGACCCUCGGGAAAGGAACCUAUGGGAAAGUGAAGAAGGCCAAAGAGAGGUCCGGUCGACUGGUUGCCAUAAAGUCGAUCAGAAAGGAGAAGAUAAAGGAUGAGCUAGACCUGGUUCACAUUCGCAGAGAAAUCGAGAUCAUGUCCUCACUCUGCCAUCCGCACAUCAUCACCAUAUAUGAAGUAUUCGAGAACAAGGACAAAAUAGUGAUUGUGAUGGAGUACGCCAGCCGAGGGGACCUGUACGACUACAUCUGUGACAAGAAGAACAUCUCUGAGCGGGAGGCCAGGCACUUCUUCAGGCAAAUUGUAUCGGCUGUGCACUAUUGUCAUCAGAAUGGAAUAGUACAUCGGGACCUGAAACUGGAAAAUAUUUUAGUAGACGGCAACGGGAAUGUGAAGAUCGCAGACUUUGGGCUGUCAAACCUGUUCCAUGGUGACGAGUACCUACAAACCUUUUGUGGCAGCCCUCUGUAUGCCUCCCCAGAGAUUGUCAAUGGACGGCCGUACCGCGGGCCAGAGGUGGACACUUGGUCUCUUGGCGUGCUGUUGUACACUAUGGUUCAUGGUACCAUGCCAUUUGAUGGAAACAACCACAAGGCAUUGGUCCAACAGAUAAGCACAGGAAACUAUCGUAAACCCAGCAACCCCUCUGACGCAUGUGGGCUUAUCCGUUGGAUGCUGAUGGUAAAUCCUGAGCGCAGAGCCACAAUAGAGGAGAUCGCAGGACACUGGUGGCUCAACUGGGGCUACCAGCAGCCUUUACUGGCUGAGACAAAGAGCUGUCCAGUGGAGCAGACCGCUUCACCAGCCUCUCCAUCACAUCCUGCCGGGCUGGCCCUUGUUGGUAGUUGGCUGCGCCGUACAUCCAGGCCUUUACUGGAGAACGGCUCUAAGAUGCGCUGCCUGCUCCGCUCACAGGGCGGUGGAGGCGACGUAGUCCGGCAGCGCUCUCUGCGGAGGUCGCGAAAGGAAAAUAACGUCUCCCAGACCGUUCAUGAAGUAAGCACCGACAGUCGCCCCUCUAAGGGUAUUUUAAAGAGACGCAACAGUGGGAAACAGAAGGCAAUGAGUGAAGUCCCUGCUGUAGGUGUAGUAGAGCCACAGAACAUUUUGGGUUUGUCUGCACCGGCUAAUGAACCUUCAGCUGCUCUGCAGCCUCGCAAAGGUAUCCUAAAGAAGCGAUCAGAGCAGGAGUCGGGGUACUACUCCUCCUCUCCCGAGAACAGUGACUCUGGCUGGGCUCCAGCUACCAAAGAGUGCCCUUCAGCACCAACUCAUAUGAAAGGCAUCUUGAAGCGCAAUGGAAAGUUCUCCUCAGGUAGGCUGCAGGAGUUUGGUUCUCUGGAUCAGCUGGCAGCUUCUUUGCCCUGCGGAGGCAUCAGGUCGAGACCGGGUGGGGCCAUCAGCGAGGACAGCAUUCUAUCCUCUGAGUCCUUUGACCAGCUGGAUCUGCCAGACCGUGUAGGACCUCCAGCACAAACAGAUAAACCAGCAAAGUCAAACAUGAGAGGAUGUGUGUCUGCUGACAACCUGCUGGACAUCACAGAGGACGGGAUCCUCGGGGCCGGGUCGCUGAGGCCCUGGAACUGCUACAGGUCUGGAGUGUCUGACAGUGCCUUUUCUAUCACAGACUGUGAUAAUGUAACAGAGGACUACAAACAGGCCAUGGUUAUACGAGGUUCUGCAGCGAGCUGAAGACCAUGAAUAGGUGAAGGACACUAACUAAAGACUGCUAAACUACUGAAGACAUGUAAGCCAAAGUGUAUUGAGUGACAUCACCAGCACACUAACUUCAGGAACUGCACAGUACCAAAAAGACAGGACUUGUUAAAAGUCUGAUUGUAUUUUAGAUCGUGAUUAAUGUCUUUAUGACUUGCUUGUAAUUUUGAAUUUGAGUUAAACAGGCUAAAAAUACUCAGAUUACACAGUACUUUACAAAAAUGCUGCAGUUUAAAAUGUCCAUUUCAAAUUUCCUCAGGAGAAGAGAGCUGCUGUUGGUCAAUCAAGAGCUCUUAAUUUUCAACACAAGAGCUUAUAAUCAAAAGUGUAGUUAAAGCAAAAAGUCACCCUGAAACCAAAACUUCUUCCGAUUUUAAAAAGGAAAGUUUGUUGAAGAUAUUGCUCGGUGACAAUAAACCAGGAAACUGACAUUUAGUCACAGUAGGACUAUUGUUUGAACAUUGCUUCAGCCACAAAGUCGGUGUCUUUUAUUGUCGACGGCACAGCUUGAGAAAGUGUUUAUGACAUAAUGGUCAGAUUGUAUCAGCGUGAGAACUGAUCAUGUGUCAUUAUAUUUAUCUAGGAGAACAGCAAUAACGCACAGGUUCAAUGUUAAGAUGGCUAUACUACAGCUUUUACUGUGCUUCAGGAUGUGGGGAAAAUGACAUUUCAUGGAUACCAAAGAGUAAGUUUUCUAUUGUCAUUGGAUUUUUUUUUUUGUUUGUUUCUUUAUUUAAAAAACAUCAGCAAAAAGUGCCAAGAGGAUGUUUGUUUGUAACAGGGACUCAAGAGCUUUUUUUAAUUCUUGUUUUUUUCACUGGAAAUUACUUGUUCUAAGUUUGGAUAAUGACUUGAAUAAUAAUAAAGACAUAUGACUCACAUCGUAUAACCAGUAGAACCUGCUUUUGCUCCCGAGCCUGCGCUGACACACAUGCACAGGUGGCCUUCACUCUGUAUGCAGGUGGAGGUUUCACAGGAAGAGGUGGGGCUCAUUAUGGUUUUUUGAAGGUCACAAAUUCAAAUUUGGAAAACAGUGUGUCGUGUUUUAAAGCAAACAAUACGCCCGAGCUGACUACUGUAUGCUGCGUAACCUUUCUACUGAAAUUUCAAGAUCAGUCAUGGAGCUCAAUUGUAUUGAACUUUUUGAUUUAAAAUAUCUAGACACCUAAGGUGGUACAGUAUUUCACAGAGAGGAUUUAAAGUUCAGCCAUUUAACAGUUAAAAAAGUACUACGUUUAUCCUGAUUAAAACGGUGAAACAAAACUUUACCAGUUUUAAAAGUAAAAUUGUAAUCAUUCUAAUGAUAUCUGGUUUUCUCCUGCUUUAUGAAAUACUAAUCAGAGAAAUUUAAAUAAGUCUGUUGUUUCUUCCUGUCUGAAAUGCCAUUCUGCACACUGGAGUUACUUAAUUGGAUCGGCAUGCUGGCAUUGAAGUAGAACAUUUUAUCAGACCAUCAAAUCCACAUCAGUCAUCAUUUAAAUUUUGAGUUCUUGUACGGAAAGUUGCACAAGGCAGCAGCGAGGCUGCAAAACCAUGCUGGUGUUCAAAAACUGGAAUUGUAAAAAACGUUUCUUUUCAGUUAUUUAUGGUGAUUUUUUGUCACACUAUGAGGCUUAGCAGGAAUUUAAAACCUAUACGAAAGUAAAUUAGGAAUUGGUUGAUUUCAACUGGACAUUUUUGUCAUUUAUUUGUAAUCUGUCACAGACCUGAUCUAUUAUUCAAGUGAGACAGAGGAAGAGGGGUGUAGAAUGGUAUCUGUUUCAUCGUACAAUAUAAAGUGCAUUUCAGCUGUGUUUUGUUUUUUUUCUCUUCAGCUUGUCCCAGACAUUGCAGGUAUGCAGGCUCUGUUCAUAUUUAGUUUUCUUUACCAGCAAAAAGAACCAUGUUUGCCAAAGUUACUGGGUUUAUUAUUUAUAUGACUGUGUGAUCUGCAAUGCUGUUAUGACCGGGAUGAGGAAAUCAAUAAAAAAACUUCAGAGAACUAAA